AAAGCUACCGCCUGAAAAAAUGUCGCUUUGCUUUGCACGCCUGGCAGGCUUCUUGCAUAGCAGCUUUUUGCAAGAAAAAGACAGUCAGGAAGCCACGCUGUUGUUAUUUCCUUAACGUUGCGCAAGCUUUAUUCGGUUCUUCUUCAGGCGGCGUAAACAGGCUGCCCCUGCCUCGCGCAAAGGCUCAGAAACUGAUCUCGCUGUAUAGUUCACUGUGCAAAACCAAUGCCGACCCCGCUAAAUUCAACGUAUUGCUAGACUAAAGAAACGAAGACUGUGCAGGCAGUGCGACAGGCGUGAGAAACAGGAAUUUUGUGCUCCGGUGCCAUUGAUGGGCUGUCCUAAAAGGCUGCAUCUUGUUGCAGAAUAUUGCAGCUCUGCAGAGCAAUGGAAAUUCUUUAUACUGCAUUUGAAAUAAGAGAGUUCUGACAUGGAGAUUUUUGGGGGAGGGGGAAUGUUCCCACACAUUUUUGAAAGCUCUUUUGAGGAGGUGACCCGAAAAGUCGGAACGGGGAGGAAAACAGCAACAAGGGUCACGAUGAUUGAACAAUAGCAAUGAUUUAUUAAGCCGAUGGGUGUUUCUAAAUCGAGCCGAUCUCCUGCUCAGUAAAAUAACAACGAGAGCCUGAGCAUUAGCCCUUGCAGGAGGAGGUGGAGGCGCUGAUCCUCUCCUUUCCUUCCCCCGCAGGGGCCGGGCCCGGCCGGGCAGUAGCGUCGCCUGAGCGCGGGGCGGAGUCUCCAGGCCGGCCGGCAACAUGGCGGAGGCGGAAGGGGAAAGCCUGGAGUCCUGGCUGAGUGAGUAACCCGCGUCCUCUCCCCUUCCGCCGAGCAAGGGGGGUGGGGGGGGACGGACGCUGGUAGCAUGGCCCUCCUCUCCUCCCCCCGGGGCCGGGAAAGAAAGCCGUGGGGCGCGGGAGACAGCCCCACCCGGAGCCCCGGGGUGUGGGGAAUGGUGGGGUGUGAGAGAUGCUUGGAUCUCCGUAGAGGCAGUGACACCCCAAAGGGAAGGUCUGGAGGUAGAUGGGGAGAAGGAAAGAGGGGGACGGUGGUGGGGCAGAGAUGUAGGGGGUUUUUGGGGGGGUACACCUAGGGCAGAGGAUGUAGGGCUAAAACCAGAAGGGCCAGACGCAAAGGGCGUCUUCUGUGCCCCUAACUAUCGGAGAGGGGAAAUAGGAUGGUGCAGCUUUUCUUGACAUAUUGGUCCGGCCAACAUUUCGUUUUCUACACAGUUAUUAGAGGUCAAAGAAGACCCUGCUGGUCAUGGCUGUCUUGGUCCGCCCUGCCUGUGGCUGUCACCUGCCUCUGUCCAAAUCUGUGCCUCUUACCUUUUUGCUCACCCAGUGCGUCCUGGCUAUAGAUUUGUGCCCAGUGCUUCCAAUUCCCAUUGCCCGCUUUAUGCCAGGAGUGGGAAACCUGUGGGCAUCCAGAUGUUGUUGGGCAUGCAGUUCCCAUCAGCAGCCUCAAGCAGCAUAGCUAAUAGUGAAGGAUGUUGGGGCCCAUAGAUCGGCAAUGUCUGAAUGGCCGUAGGUUCCCCUACCCCUCUCUUGUGCCCAUAGAAUAGCUUAUGACAAGAGGUUCUCUUGACUUCAUAAUAUUGGGCAUUUAAUGAGCCUCCUGUUUGAUUCAGGGAUUGGAAACCCAUAUGUUGCUCUCUGCUUUCCUCACUCCACCAGGUUCCAUUUAAGGUGACUCUACUUCUCUGUGUCUGUCUGUGCACCGCUUUAUACAGUGUACAUGUUGUUGAUAUUAUUAGACAGCUUUGUGGUCUUUUGAGAAGACCGUACAGAUUCCUUAUGCCUGUUCAACCUUGCCUCUGCCUUUGCAAGGCUUCUUUAUAAAGUUGGUACUCCAUUUUUAGGAAAUCAUAACCCAAGCAGUAUACUGCUAGCUAUGAACCUGGUAGGGCCUAGUUCAAAUUUUACCUCAGCCAUGAACUUAGCUAGGUGUCUUUAGGCUAGCCAUUAUCUCUCAGACUUAGCACUGUGUCUGUAAUAUUGGAAUAACAGCACUUGACUACCUUAAAGGGCUGUUGCAAGAAUGACUCAGAUGUUUGUGACUCUCAAUGAGAAUUGGAAAUGUGCUAUAUUCAUUAGCAAUGUUCCCUCCCUGAUCAUUUGUGGGAGCCCAGGCUAUGGCUGUAUCACUUCUAUCUAAUACUUAUUCUCCACCCUAACGUUAAAAUAUUUCAUAACUAGUAAUUAGCUAUACAGCCAUAGCUAUUUCCUGUGUGUAAAUGGGACACUUAAUGUAUUCCUUUUGUAGCAUCCAGGGUGUGUUGUAAUGUGCUCUGGUUACAGCUUAAAAAGUCAGCUAGGUGUCUUUUUAUUCAUUUAUUACUUUUAUAGCCCACCUUCCUUUCAAGAAGCUCAGGGCUGCAUACGUGAUUCUCCUCUCUCCUCUUUUUUUCUUACAGCAACCUGUGUGGUAGGUCAGGCUGAGAGACAAUGACUGACCAAAGGAUACUCAGUGAAUUUCAGCAGCCCCUGCACCACACUAGCUUUGACUGCCUCAUGUACCUGAAGACUAUGCUAUAUAUUUCUGCCUGUAAAGGUCCUUUACUGUAUAGGGUGAUCUCCCAGUUCCUAAAAUACCGUAUUUUUCACUCUAUAAGACGCACCAGACCACAAGAUGCACCUAGUUUUUGGAGGAGGAAAACAAGAAAAAAAAUAUUCUGAAUCUCAGAAGCCAGAACAGCAAGACGGAUCACUGCACAGUGAAAACAGCAAUCCCUCUUGCUGUUCUGGCUUCUGGGAUAGCUGCACAGCCUGCAUUCGCUCCAUAAGACACACACACAUUCCCCCUUACUUUUUAGGAGGGAAAAAGUGAGUCUUAUAGAGCAAAAGAUACGGUAGUUCUUGCAGUACAUUGGUGUUAUUGUCAAUUUCCAUUGUUUCUGAACGUGCCCAGGUGCUCCGCUCCCCCCCAAUUUAGGGGCUUUUUUUGAGGGGGGGAAUUGCCAUUUACUGAAGGAAAUGUAGCCAGCCCCUUUGUAUGUGUUCUUUCCAUCCACUCAGCUGAUACUUCUCCUUGCAGCUGUGCCUGUCUCUGCCUGAACUCUUACUCACUUCCUGGUCAUUUCCUCCUUUCAAAUUCUACAGCUCCUAAGCUCCCCCAAGGAAAAAAACACACCAAAGAAAGUUAUCCCCCCCAGCUUGUUUCUGCAUCGAGUUGGGUGCUAGGUCUUGUGUUUUGACCCCUGCAAAUAAAAAAGCUCCGUCUCCAAUAUGGAUCCAGAAAAACAACAACAUGUGCACUUGAAUGAGCAGUGCACUCAAACCGAGACAUCUAAGCAGAAACCCAGAGCUGCAAUUGCAGUGGACACAGACAGCCUGAAGUCUAGCCCUAUUAACCAGUGAUUCAUUUCUUUUUCCUUUUUCUUUCUUUUUUAAAGAAAGGUUGUGAAAUGUGGUGUUCAUUCUUCUAAGUAACUGGUUCCUUCGCUAUAAAGAGCAGUUCUCUUCCCUUCUCUCAUUUUUUUCUGCUUGUUUCCAUUUCCAUUUCCUCUCUUUAAGUAAACUGUAUUCUGACAUAUUCUUCAGUCUGUACCAAAAUUACAGUAUUCCUCAAUUAAUGUUUUAUGUUACAUCAUGGAAUUUAUUAUAAAGAGGGUGGAAGGAAACAAAUGUUUCUCAAGUUAAAAGACAUAAGAACAUUCCUGCAGGAUCAGUCCUGCACAAGGACUUCCGCUAAUGCACAGAGGCCCUUUCAUACUUUGCUUCAGGGUUGGCUGCUACAGGUGACCUCUUCAAUGCCCCUUUGUUAAAGUCAUGUCGCUGUGCUGGACAGGGGGGCAUAGAACAGGGAUGGGUAACAUGGUUCCUUCCAGAAGUUAUAGAAUCAUGGACUUGGAAGGGAACACUAGGGUCAUCUAGUCCAACCCACUGCAAUGCUGGGAUCUUUUGUCAUGGCAUAGCUGUCAACGUUUCCCUUUUUCUAAGGGAAAUUCCCUUAUUCUGAAUAGGAUUCCUCGCAAGAAAAGGGAAAAGUUGACAGCUAUGGUCAUUGGACUCUACUUCCCAUUGGCCCCAACUUGCAUGGCCAAAGGUCAGGGAUGAUGGAAGUUGGAGUCAAAUAACAUAUGGAGGGCCACACAUCCCCCCCCACUCCGUCACAGGAGGGGCAUGGCAGAAGUGCAGUGCCAUUGCUGGAUCAUUAUCUGGUAAAUGAGGACACGGGUGGCGCUGUGGGUUAAACCACAGAGCCUAGGGCUUGCCAAUCAGAAGGUCAGUGGUUCGAAUCCCCGCGACGGGGUGAGCUCCCAUUGCUCAGUCCCUUCUCCUGCCAACCUAGCAGUUCGAAAGCACAUCAAAGUGCAAGUAGAUAAAUAGGUACCACUCCAGCGGGAAAGUAAACAGCGUUUCCGUGCGCUGCUCUGGUUCGCCAGAAGCGGCUUAGUCAUGCUGGCCUCAUGACCCAGAAGCUGUAAGCCGGCUCCCUCGGCCAAAAAAACAAGAUGAGCACCGCAACCCCAGAGUUGGCCACAACUGGACCUAAUGGUCAGGGGUCCCUUUACCUUUACCUUAUCUGGUAAAUGAGAACCCAAGUCUUGAGUUUCAAAGAACCCCUCUUAAAAAGAAUUAUUUGCAAGUCAAAAGUGGAUAUUCUGUUUUUUUCCAACAGAAGUGGGACGAUUUAAGAUAAAAAAUGAACUGUAUUGCCAUUUAUCUUUUUACCUUUAAGGUUACCAAUCUUACUGGGUGACCUCAGUCUUGCUGUUUCUCAGCCUAACCUCCCUCGCAGGGUUGUUGUGAGGAUAAAAUAGAAAAUGGGGAGCACUGAAACACGUGUGCCACCCUGAGCUCUUUGGAGGCACAGAUAAAAAUGAGAUAUAUUGUAAAUAUAAUAAUUGAAUCACAGAGGUCAUUCUGUGGAAGAGCCUGGGAAAUCACCAAUAUCUUAUGUUCAGUAACCCUGUUUGAGCGACUUCUUAUAGACUGGGGGUGGAAAGCCAUUUGUUCAGCAGAAUGGGGACUGUGAGCUGGAGGUCUGUCAAUGCUUUGCCUGAUUUUAUUUAUAUGGUAUAGCAUGAAUAUGUUAAGAUACCAGGCUGUGCCCUAGUGAACAGGUAGCUCUUCCUUUUUGAAACUUAUUGUGAAAGACCUAGUGUAUUCCUAGUUAUUAGGGUGGUGUUAUAGAUAUUCUUGAGGCUGAGCACUUUAUUUGUAUUGUAAAUACUUUCCUGCUACUGAAUACAUUUGUGGUACAUUCAGUAUGUACUGAAUCACUUUCCUGCUACGAAAACAAUUCUGCCCAAUUUAAUAAAAUGAUGUUUAUGUAUGUAUUAAGGAUAUGCAGUGACACAUCUCCUCUUCUUUUUAUUAACCCCAUGGGCAGUUAGUCACUGAAUAUAUCCCCAUAUUUAUGAAGGAAAUGUUUAAGUGAAAGGACAGAGGUUCCAGGCUGCUGAAAGUUUAGCUGGAAGGUCAUUUGAAACUAAGCAAUAUAAAUAUACUCGGGGAACAGUUCUGGGGAGAUGCUGUGAAGACGUAGGUCCUGUACAAAGACAGGAAAUAAAUACAAAAAAAGUUGGGAAGCGGUUCAUGUUUUCCCCAGUCACAGCAGAGAGGAUUCAUCCAUGCCAUGGAUUAUUAUUUUUUGCCUUCAAAUGAGACUUCAAAGUGUCAACACAGUGAGAAAGCCAUGUCAGCAACCUGAUACUUCAGUCCUUAUGUUGCAAUUGGGCAUGUGAUGACCCAACAACAAAUUAUCCCCUCUUAUUUGGGAGGUAACAUAAUAGGAUGGUCUUUGCCUGAGCUCCCAUUCCUGCCUUUAGCCAAAAAGCAAUGGUUGAACAUGGAAUACAGUACUCAGUUGCUCCACACAGACAUCUUCUUUUGCUUUUGUAUUCUCUGCUGUUCCUGUAGCUGAGCCAUCUCCACCGCGCUAGGUAUUGUCUCUAAAUGUGGCAUGCAAACUGUGAGACAUGUUCCUCCAGAACUCCGAGUUGGGAGGGGGGGACAUAAAGAGCAUGUGGGUGUAAUGUAACAAAUCUACAGAGGAUAGAAAUAUAUGAGGCUGCUUACUAGCAAAGAUUCCCUGUUUCCUGAAGUUUCAGUAUACAAUGUUUCGGUUUAGGGGAGUGGAAAUAAGUUUUAUAAGCAGUGCUGUGUUGAUCUGCUACAAGAUGUGAUCCAGAUGUUUUGACACCAAAUGUCCUGGGGUUGCACUGUGGCAGAAUUAUUUAUUUGUUAAUUACGAAGUACCAUCCUCCAGGUUGCUGGUGCUCUAGCCCUAGAAUGGAACAUGCCAAGUUCACUCUCUUGAGAUGAAGCCUGCUGUGUACUUAUUAUUUUGACUGUGGCAGUGUAAAACUUUUUCCAUUUGGGGACUAUUAUAGUAAGGAAGUGAGGUCAUAAUCUGGCCCUCUCUUUUCUCAAAUGUUAAAACAUCAUAUUCCUACAAUAUUUGCAUCUACAGGCAUCUAACAGCCAUGAAGCCCAAAUGUUUUUGCAUGUAUAGUACAUGAUUUUUGUAUACACACGAAAGCGCUGGAAUUGAACCACCGCGUAACUAUACAGAGAAUUUCCCUCAGAGGUCUUGCUUUUUUGUGUACGUGUGGGAGAGAAAGCCUAGGGUUUGUGGUCUGGAGCCUUGACUGUGAAGGGUUCCCAAAUGUGCCCUCUUGCUUUGUAAAUGUAAAAGAUGUUAGUGGACCAUGGGGAUCCCAAUAAAAGAAAACAGCCCGCCCCUCUGCGCUUGCAUUUGCAGGCCUAGUGAAGAUGUCCCAAACAAUUUGGUUCAUUGUACUCCUUGUUCUUUGUUCUUACUAGUUAAUCAUUUUCGGCUUGUGUAUGCUGCCUUUGUGCCGACACAUAUGGCGCUGCCCUAGAAUGAACAGUAUUUCUUUCUCUCACAUUUUGCCCUGGUCAGUUUUGCUAUAGAAAUUAGGUUAAACCGGGUGUCUCUGUGGAAGGUAGCACAGUGCAAAGUCUCUGAGCUGAAUUAUCUGGAGCAGAUGAAACAUGAAAUGCAAAUCUGUCAUGAUACCUUGCAUGUUCUGCAAUCUGCUGCUUUCAAAGCUGGGGGAAAGGAGGGGGAAAACAUCUGAGAAGCAGGGCUUAGUAUGAUAAAUGGUGGCUCUUGCUUCCAAUGAGAAAUGUGAAAGCCUUUGAUGAAUACAACACUAUUUACUACAACGGUACCCACUACAAAGCAAGGGUGCAAACCGGUGGAGGCUGAUCCAUUAGGGAGAAUGGGGCACUACCCCACCCAUAUCAAUAUGCCCUUGGCCAACUCCCACCUGCCUGCCUUGUUAUCUACAGAAGUGGCCCAAGCUGUCAGCUUCCUCCUCCUUAGUAGUCUCAGUGUUGCCCUUGUAGAACUUAGCAGGGUGGAGAAUGGGGGCAAGACCAGAAUUAUUUGGCUCUGUCAUUGGCUUUUGUGGGGAAAGGGGGGUUGACAAGGCACUUGAAAGGAGCGUAGAGUCAAUAUAUGGGAAGCAAGGAAGUAGCCAGAAAGAGGGGAAUAAACUAAGAGACGGCAGAUGUGCAGUGCAUUACAAUUCCGAAACAACAGGCAGAAAACCCACUGGGAAGAAUUCAACAGUGUUUCAGCUUGCUGGAUGGAACAAUUACUCCUCUAUUCCCCACACACUGGUUUUUUUGGGGGGUGGGGUUCUACCCACACUCAACCCCGGCUCAAGUUCGGGGAGUUUGGAUGUGAGGAGAGGAGAAGGGGAGAAAGUCCUGCUACACAACAAAAGCUGUUGUGCAGGGCUUCUGCUGACAGGACUCAUUUCCAGGUGAUUUCGGGGAGAGUUGGGGACCCGCUAUUCUGGGGCAUGUUCUCAAUUCAGGCAAGGCAACAGUGCCCCAUGCAAAUUGAGUGUGUGACAUGCUCUCCAAACCUCAGCAACAUGAGCAACUGCCAUAGCAGAUAUACGGGUGAUCUCAUGUGGAAAGGGUUCUUUGAAGACAGAAAAUGUGAGCACCACUGUGAACAUUCAGGUCCCAGGUGUUGAAUAUGUCCCACACUGAAAUGUCAGAGGUAUGUUCAUAGGCGAGAUCUCUGCAAAAUACUUUAAAGGGCAUUCAGGAGGUAACCUGCUUCAAAAACCCUUCUAAGCAGAAAAGAGACAUGCAGAAGCUAACAUCUCUCAGGUGUCAGGUGAAACGUUUUAUUUCUUGUGGAAAGAACUUUCCAUAGGCAAUGGAAGGUGUGGAUGUGCUCUAGUUGGAACUGCCGUGUACCCUUCCUAGUAUGAAGCGCAAUGCUCUUGAAAUUCCAUUGGAAUCAGUGGGAGAAAAGUAUCUCACUUUGCCUAGAUUGCAUCCUUGAUAAGUUUACAGUUACAGACCACGCCUUUGAUCCCUGGAAUGUUACAGUUUGUGUCAGAUGCUUUUAGGUUUUUAAUGACUUCCUUGCUCAGUCCGUGUUUCAGUGGAGUAAAACUGAAUGUGGAUAUGCCAGUUCGUUAUGUGAUAAAUUGGCAAAACGUGGAGCAAAAUGGCAAAUAGGGGAACGAUACAUGGCUGUUUACUUCACUUUCUAGAACUCGGCUUUGUAAUAUGUUCUUCACACUAUUUUUCUGCCGGUUUCAUAACUUGUAGCAUUUGAUACUCGAAUUUUGACUGAUCGGACGUGUGCUGAAGUCAAGGAGUGUGCAGUUUCUCAGCAGGAGAGGUUUUAAUUUCUCGGAGUGAAUGAGAAGAAGGUGGCAGAGUGUACUAAUUCUCAAGCGCUACCCUGUCCUGAGGAAACAAGACGCCUUUUGUGUGCAUCUUGGAUUAACACGCUUGUGUUUCUAUUCACCAGAUAAAGCCACCAAUCCUCUGAAUAGGCAAGAAGACUGGGAGUACAUCAUUGGCUUCUGCGAUCAGAUCAACAAAGAACUUGAAGGGUGUGUGUCCAGAAUUCAAACCCCAUUGCAAGGUUUUGUAGAAGUAAUUUUAAAUAACCUUGGGUGCUUUGAUGCUUAAUUUAAUGUGUUAAUUUAAUGUGAAAUUGUUAUAUAGGGACAGGCAGCUGAGAUUUUAUGUAGACAAUUUUGUUCCACUCCUAAAAUCUGGAAGUUUUAAAGGUUUUUGUUUUUUUCAGGGUAUGCUUGCAGAUAAAAUGUUGGAAAGUGUGAAUGCAGCUUAUGUAUUUAAGCUGCAAAAGUGAAGCCUAUGUCAUUUGAAUCACAUAGUUUUUCACCUGUUUACCCCUGCCUCUGUUUCCUACCCCUGCCUUCGUUGUUUCCUUUGUGUCGAUUUCUAGAGUGUAAUCUUCUAGAGGUAUGAACCAUUCUGUCCUCUCCUUCUUUGUAAAGCAUCAUCUACACAGACAGCACAACUAACUAACUAAAUAAAUAAGCAAGUAAAUAAAUAAAUAAAUAAAUAAAUAAGUAAAAAAAUGAAUGAUUUCAGUCCACAGAUAGCCGUGAGAUUGCUGGCUCAUAAAAUCCAGUCACCGCAGGAAUGGGAAGCAGUCCAGGCCUUGACUGUAAGUGUUCUUUAACUCUGUUUUUAAAAUUCUGUCCACUGUCUGUGUAUUCAGACAGCAUAAUUUCAACCAGUGUCUGUUGGGGUCUGCACAGGUAGUCUCCUAUGGAGACAUGACAUCCAGUUGUAAGGGCCAACUAGUACAAUGACAAUUCUAAUUAUCUUCCCUGUACAGUCGUACCUUGGAAGUCAAACAGAUUACAAGUCAAACAUUUUGGCUCCCGAACGCCGCAAACCCAGAAGUGAGUGUUCCGGUUUGUGAAUGAUCUUUGGAACCCGAAUGUCUGACACGGGUUCUGCAGCUUCUGAUUGGCUGCAGGAACCUCCUGCAGCCAAUCAGAAGCCACGCCUUGGUUUCCGAAUGUUUUGGAAGUCAAACGGACUUCUGGAACGGAUUUUGUUCGACUUCUGAGGUACGACUGUACAAUGUUUCUGUAAAAAGCAGUCAGGUUCUGUUUAAGUGCACAGUCCAAUAUUUAAGUAACCAGAAGAAAAUCACCAGGGGACUUGGAUUGGUUUCCUGGGGAGUCUUGCCUUAUGCCAAGCACAGGUAAUGUUUGAAGGUUUCAUAGGUAACCUGUGACUAAUUUAGGGAUCUCUAUUCGGAUAGGUCCAUCCUGAAACUUAGAUUUAUCUUGUGUGUAUAUGUGCAUUUUACUUGAUUGCAGGUGCUGGAAGCUUGCAUGAAGAACUGUGGGCAAAGAUUUCACAACGAAGUAGGGAAGUUUCGUUUUUUAAAUGAGCUAAUUAAAGUUGUGUCUCCCAAGGUUAGUAUGGUUUGCUUUUUCUACACUUGUUUAUAUGUCUCAUUUGCUUAAAUCCAUAAAACAUGUUGUGCAUCAGAUUCCACUGGAAUCAGCUGGGCUAUCAGUAAAUAAAUAACAUUCGCACACUUCAGAAUGUUCCUCACUUUCUCUAGACCAUUUAUUCUCAGUCUGGAAUCAUUCGUGCUUGUCCUCAACAUGACACUUUCAGAUUGAUUCUAAAUCCUGCUGUCCACAAGUUUGGGUGUGGUUACUUCAUACACAUUUCAAAAAACCCUCCCUUUUAUUAGAUUAUUCACACCAUCUCCUCCUUGCCCCUGCCCCAGGGAAGAAGUAGUGAUUGCAGUCUUGGUAUAUGCUCCCCCACAAUGUAAAUACAGUGGUACAUUGGUUUACGAACUUAAUCUGUUCCGGAAGUCCGGUCUUAAACCAAAGCAGUUUUAAACCAAGGCAUUCUUUUCCGUAGAAAGUAAUGGAAAACGGAUUAAUCCAUUCCAGAUGAUGAAAAGCAAUCCCUAAAACAGCAAUUUCACAUGAAUUUUACUAUCUAACAAGACCAUUUCUGGGUUAGGGUUAAUUUUAGGACUGGGUUAGGGUUAGGGUAAGGAUUAGAAUUAGGGUUAGGGUCAAGGUCAGUGUCAUUUUAUGUUUUCUUGUGAUUUUGAUUCAUUUCCAGUUGGUUUGCUGGGGAGUGCCUGGCUGCCUUCAGGUGGUGUAAGGGCUCUAAGAUGCAGCUUCCGGGCUGCCUCCACCUUCCCCGACCCCCACAACUAUUCAACCUGGCUGCCUGCAAGCAGGAGCGGGGCAAGGAUCUCUCAGCUGUGAAGGGAGGCUUCACGCUGCCUAUCAGAGCAGCCCUGAUCCCAACUCCUACUUGCGUGCAAGCAGGAGGGGGCAGGGAUCUCUCAGUUAGGCAGCGCGAAGCCUCCCUUCCCAGCUGAGGGAUCCCCGCCCCUCCUGCUUGCACGCAAGUAGGAAUGGGAUCGGGGCUGCUCUGAUGGGAAGGGAGGCAUCGUGCUGUCUAUCAAAGUGGAACAAUGUGCCUUUGUGCAGUGGCGGGAGGUUUGGGUUGCCGCUCUCAGCCCUCCUUCUCCGCCUUCCAUGCCUGACCCACCGCUCACCGUUUUCCCCCCACUGCUGCCACCAAAGAAUCAGCAACUCACAGGGCUGCCCAGGUUCAUAGAGAAAGGAGAGAGAAGCCUCGGAGGACAGGGAGAUGUGGCGGUACCCCCGAAUGUCACUUUUUAUACCAAAAAACCCCUGCAACCCAGAACACUCAUUUCCGGGUUUGAAGUGGUCGUAAUCCAAAAUGUUCGUUAACUUAGACUGUUCGUAACCUGAGGUACCACUGUACAACAUCCCUGCCUUGCUGGCACUGCCUACAUCCAUUUUCAUCUCUUUUUAAAUGGACACAAUCAAAAUUGCAAAAUCAAGAUGUAUUUUCAGAUCAAGACCCAAUUUCUCAAGAAGAGCUUUUCAGGGGCAAAAAAUAUGCAGCAGAUCCGAAUCAUGUUUGGACUACAUAGAAAAAACAAAUACUCUGUCUGCAUGGACCCUAGAGUAAAAUAUUAUAUGUACAUAGCCUGUAUUUCUCAGACACAGAAACUGUUUUGACCCACAACUCACAUACCUAAUGGUUCAAAGUAGGUUCUUUUAUGUGAGGACAGAGAAAGCAACAUCUUUCCCCUUCUUGGCUAUUCUUGCAGUACCUGGGAGACAGAGUGUCAGAGAAGGUCAAAAGCAAAAUAAUUGAGCUGCUGUACAGUUGGACGGUGGCUCUGCCAGACGAGUCCAAAAUCAAAGACGCCUACUACAUGUUGAAAAGACAAGGUGGGAAACAAUUUCCUUCUUCAGCCUUUCAUAUACUCCUUAAGCUGCUGUUCAACAACACUUUAUAGUUUUGUGACCUCAGAGGUAGUAGCUUCUGCACACCUAGACAGUGAACCAGUUUGAUCAAGAGUCAUGCUGCCUUAUCCUGCCCAUUGCAGGAUCUUAGCUGAGCUGUAGGGUUCAGUGCUGUGAUGAUUAUGGCCCUGUCUCUCUAUUUUGUUACCAUUGAUUUCCAACUCAUACACCAGCUGCUUACUUUUUUGUCCCUCGCUCCUAAUGCUUCGUUUAAGGCCACAUGAUAAUCAGGAAGUGUCAGGCAAGUAAGAGAACCCAAGGCAAGCUCACACGCUCAAGGGCACAAACAUGGGCUUACAAGAUCAUGAGAGGGAGCAAGUCUUAAAGACAUCCCAAAGUGAAUUACAGGAGUUCAGCUGCAGACAGAAAAGCCCAUCAUAGCCUGUCAGCAGCUGAGCUGCAUACUGACAAUCAGUAGGAAUGAGACUCAGAACAGGGUCUGGUUCUUGUCUGCUAAUUGUAUAAGGCACUGUAGCCUUUUACCUACCUUCUGAGAUGGCAGUCCACUAAGAGCACCAUUUGCAGGUAGCAGACCCUAGUUCAAUGCAUUAAGAUGGCUUUAAUAGGAUAUAGCUUGCUGGGUUUUUUGUGUGCAGGCAACUGGCAGUGAACAAGCAAACCCAGAGAGCUUUCCUGUAAAGAGUGACAAUGUUUUUCUUCCUUUUUGCAUCCAGGCAUUGUGCUGUCUGACCCUGUAAUUCCUGCAGAGAGUACCCUAAUCCCCUCCCCUCCAGCUCGUCCCAAAAACCCUGUGUUUGAUGAUGAAGAGAAAUCCAAGGUAAAGCUAACUGCAAAAAUUAGCACUGUAAUUCUUAGAACUUGGCAACAGCUGAGGCAUCUUCUAGCGCUUGACAAAGGAUAGCAAAUAUAAAGAUCUAAACCACCGUCACCCCUCAAUCUGGUUUGCUAUAGUUUUAAAAAAAAAUGUCCAAGGUUCAAAUGUUUUGAGUAGUUCCUAUUUCUCACGAGUGUCGUAGCACGACAACUUAACGUUUUGGAAGUUUUCGCAAAUGCUUUUGUAGCUUACAAAAUGUGUUUAACUCCUUGUUGCCUCUUUGUGUUGAGGGCGGAGGAGGCUUGCCUCUUCUGCAUGUAGAGUAGCAGUGAAUCUCUCAGGAACACUCGGCUGACUUUAGCCAGCCAUGACCCUAGGGGUCCCUUCCAACUCUGCAAUUCUAUGAUUAGCUUCAUUUAAAUUUCUCUUUACUGUUUGCUGAAAGAAAGGGGGCAAGAGCAUGUUAUGGUCUUUAAACUAUGAAAAAAAAUGAAGCCUGGGAAAGCUCUGCAUGGCUUCACUGAAGAAAAUGUAAGAUGUGUUGUGUAUGUAUGUGAACAGGAGAGGAUGAUGAAGUUUGCAAAUUAAUAAUAAUAAUAAUCAUAAUAAUAAUAAUGGUAUUUGUACAGCACUUUCCCUAAGGACUUAAGAGCUUCACUUUCAUUUCCCCUGUCAUCCAUACAACACUCCUAUAAGUAAACCAGUCUUAUUAUCCCCGUUUGCAGAUGAGAGAGAGAGAGAGAAGUUAAACUAAUUUAAGGCUGGGAAUUUAGAAACCUUAUAACUAGUUUGUACUGGUGGAAGUUUUAGAAAGAUGCAAUUUAGGAUUUAGUAAUGUGCAUGCUUAAUUGGUGGCUGUUUGGUUAGUAUUCUUUUUCCAUUUAUAUACUCCUCUUAUAUUCCAUUUAUACAUUUUCAAACUCUAGUUAUUGCUGAGUUUAUAUAGUUUUAUCAUUCCUAUGCUUUGAUUUAAAUAGAUCUUUCCAAUUUAUUUUAUUUUUGGUCUGACUCCGGUCCCUUUCUGAUUACCAUUGCCACCUCACUGGAGCGAAACUUAAGAACUUAUACUCUCAGUAGUGACUCACCUAGAGCAUUCAGUGAGUUUAGGCCUGAGCAGGGAUUUCCAAGUCACGGCUCAUGCUCUUGAACAUGGUGCAAGGGUCUUCUUGUUUGGCUAUUUGGCUAUUGCAACAGACUUUCUGCUUGCACAGUGGAACCUUUCCCUCUUCUGCUCUCCCCUGCAGCUCCCCACAGACCCUCACCCUCCAGAGCAGACUUUGAGGAUGUGUGGGGAGAAGAAGGGGAAGUCCCAUUGUGUGAAUAGAACUCUGCAUGCACAGGAUUGGAUGCAACCCAGAAGGACUAUUGCUGUAGACUGCUGCUGUCUCGAGAGAGGACGGAAUAGAAGUGGGUGUCAAAUGGACACUCUAAAGCUGAGAUGAGUAAUUUAAAGUGCACUUUCUUGUCUUACUCCUCUUGCUAAAUGAACCUCAUCCCUAGCUGUAGUUGUCAUAGAGUGCCUCUGCACCAACCAUGCUGAGGUUGGCGCAGACCAGUGACAAUCCAACAUUGGCUCCCUCCAACCCCGGUCCUGAUUCUGAAGUAGCUGGUGAUGAACUGCUGUCAGCUUCCCCUAUCGGAGCACUGAAACCACUAGCCUGAGCAAGCUAAUAUGAUGUACGUUCCAAUAGCAUCCACGUUUCUUGCUUCUGUUCUAAUGUGUUCAUGAUCAGAGUGCCAAAAGUUGGAUGCUUCAAAGACAAAUCAAAACUUGGUUAAUGCAAGCAUAAGGUAUCAAUUCCUCAACUGAGAAUCUGCAAAACCAGGAAAAGUUCUGUCACUCCUAAAACACUUUUCCUAAAAGUUUUUUUCCCUUUUUGCAGCUUUUAGCUAAACUGUUAAAAAGCAAAAAUCCAGAUGAUUUGCAAGAGGCAAACAAGCUUAUUAAAUCUAUGGUGAAAGAGGUGAGACUGAGCACUUAAUCAACAUAUCUGUAGGAGUGAUCAUUGUUUGGGGCUUGUUUUGUAAUUUUAAGCAUUUUUAGAAUAUUUGAGCCGUACCAUUGGGCUGCUAUAAUGUCAGAAGACCUGAAUAUCUGUGCUGUCUGUAAGCAAUGCUCUGGUUUCCUUCCUGAGUGAAAGUUCUUACCCAGGUUUGAUGCUGCAAUUCGAGAUUGCAUAGUAAGCUAAGAAAAGCUGCUCAGUGAUUUAUAGCCCCACUUUGCCUGGUAUUCCUUGGGGUAACUGAUAGCUGCCGAUGCCCUAGUCCUUUUCCUGCUCAUCCUCCCAGUCACAGCCCUACGCUGUGCAGAGCUAAGUGUGCUUCCGUCCAUUGUAAUUGGUGGGCUUAGGCAUGCCUAAUUCAGCUGGGUUUAGGAUGGGGGUUUGGGUACAAGUUGCAAGGACAGAAGUUCCCUUUUCCUCUAGUGCCAUAGGCUGUCCUUGUCUUCGUUGGGUAUGGCAUUCCUGUCUCUGAUUUCCUCUGAUCUUACGUUGGCCUUUUGCAUUUUCCCCCCCAAAGAAAAGCAUGAAAGUUGCUUUGAAAAUAGACGUGCAGCAUGUAUGAAAGGCUCAGGGAGCAGAAGGGGCAAGGAGUUGUCUGGUUGUUCAGGGUUAACAGGCCUCUCUUGCGGAGACCAGAUGCAAAGAAGGACAAGAGCACCUGUGCCUUUAAUGGCUGCCUGGAAGAGAUAAUGUGGGCAAGUGUACCUUUUCUCACACCUGCAAAGUGAGUUGCACCUGCCAAAACUCCCCUCUUCUAGGCAACGAUUCCAGUUACAAGAGCUUUGUUCUCCUGCUCGUUUGGUCAUCCUUGCUUCAUUUCCCAUGGCUUCCUGUUUCUCCCCAUGAUCUAUGUAUCCCUUUCCCCCUCUAGUUCAAUAUAUAAUUUGCUCCUACCAUUUUACCUAAUUUUGUGCAAACAUUCCUAGGAGUAAAUCCCACUGAAUAAAGGAGUGGGUGGGGGUCUUAUUACUAUGGAUUGACAGUUGCCUGUUUUGCAAAUGUAUCCCCAGAAGUCAAAACUUCAGGACUAUUUUGAUAGCAGAAGGUAGGGGCUCUGUAGACAGAAUUCUGUAUCCGUUGGUGAUAAGUAACCAGACUUCUGGAUUCUUCAAGCCAACUUGUCCUGGACAGUAGCAGAAGAACAAAUUAAAGACUCAUAUCACCUCUUUUGCUUUAAAAUUUGAAGGAUGAGGCACGCAUACAGAAAGUCACAAAGCGCAUGCACACAUUGGAGGAGGUGAACAACAAUGUGAAGCUGUUGAACGAGAUGCUGGUUCACUACAGCAAAGAAGACUCUUCGGAGGCUGACAAAGAGCUGAUGAAGGUGAGUGUGAGUUCUCUGCUGGUAAAACCUUGAGUGCUUGUUCCCCUCUGACUUCCAUCUCCCAACAUGAAGGAAUUUUAUAGCCCAGCUUCCCCUGCAAAAAUAGGUGCAGGCAUCGGUCGCCCCAGUUUCUUCUGGGGAGGAAAAAACUUAAACACAUAGCAGAGUUUCCAAACAAUAGACCAGAAGCAAUUGUACUUCAUCCAGCAGAGAUUUACUUCUAUUGAAGGCAAAUGAGCAUAAUGAUCACAAAUACAGUACAUUCAGGAUUGGCACAGUCCAUAAAAAUCGAGUUGCAGCACUUACAAUAAAAUUUACAAAAACGUAUCAUAAGACUAAACCUUAACACUAUAGCAUACGGAACAGGACACGAGAACAAAGGAGAGAGAAAGAGAAAGUAAAAACCAGGCUCCUUCUGGCUUAUAUUUAUAGUCAACAAGAUCUUAAUUGGAAAAGAUAAAAGAACCAGUUCAAGCCAGCUGUACUCCGCUGCUCUAUAACCCAAACAAUCAUGAAGUUUCUUUCAUACAGAGAAGCUUCCAGAAACCUCUUGAAUAAACUAGAAUAAGAAAGAUCUCUACACAUCAGAUCAAUACUUUCUGCACUAAGAAAUGCAAACUGACAGCAUCACUCAGCUAAGGAGAAGGCAAUCGAGGAAAACAAACGAGACUUUUAAUGAUUACUGGUUAUUUUCAAGAUAUUUCCAGGUAUACAGCAUUGGGGUACGUUAAUUACAUUAAAAACAACAACAACCCAAAAUGCAUAACUAUAACAAUACAGUGCACAUCUAUCACCAACAUGAAAGAGGAAUAGCCAGAGGCAGUUGUUUACACUCAGGUAACACCAACUGCUCUUCAGUCACCAGAAGCAAUUCAGGAGAAAAGGUGUCUCAGUAAUAAUGCCAAUUAGAAGUUCUUCUGAGUGAGCGGUGUCUGCACAGCACCUCUCUGACCCGCUACAUAAGUUUAAAAGUGUUGGCAAAUAUGUCUCUCUUGCUUUCACCCCUUAUGACUCAAUGUCUCUGCAUCAAUUUUUCUGUUAGCGCAAGUGUCCACAUCUUGGACCACCAAUAUUGUAUCGAAAUCUUGUGUCAAGCCUUUGCAGUGGUGAUGCCUUGGGCUUUUGUGCAUAAGUAAAUGAGGUUUCAGUACAAAGGCCUGCACGUGUCCAUUUUGACUCAUUGGCUCCUAUCUCUCACCUUCUCCCCACCCUUCCCCAGGAGCUCUAUGACAGAUGUGAAACCAAGAGGCGGAUGUUAUUCAAACUGGCCAGCGAGACAGAAGAUAAUGACAGCACUCUGGGUAAAACUAUAAGUUUUUCUUUGCAGGACCGGAGGUAAACUGGGACAUGCUUUUGCCUUAAUAGGUGGUUAAAAACCUGGAUAUUACCUAUAAUGUCAGCUGAAAAGAAUCUAUAAUCCAUAUAGGUAAGUCAGUGGUGUUGGAUAGAAUAUCAGAUAUAUAUAAUAGGAAGCUGCCUUAUACAGAGUAAGAGCACUGGUCCAUCUAUAUCAAUAUUGUCUACACUGGCUGGCAGCAGCUCUUCAAAGUUUCAGGCAGGAGUCUCUCUCUGACAUACCUGGAGAUGCCGGGAAUUGAACCAGAUAUCUACUGCAUGGAAAGCCAGGGCUCUGCCACAGAGCCAGUGUGGUGUAGUGGUUAAGAGUGAUAGACUCGUAAUCUGGGGAACCGGGUUCGUGUCCCUGCUCCUCCACAUGCAACUGCUGGGUGACCUUGGGCUAGUCACUUCUCUGAGGUGUCUCAGCCUCACUCACCUCACAGUGUUUGUUGUGGGGGAGGAAGGAAAAGGAGAAUGUUAGCUGCUUUGAGACUCCUUCGAGUAGUGAUAAAGUGGGAUAUCAAAUCCAAACUCUUCUUCUAUGGCCCUUCCCCAACCACCAAAUCUUCCUUCGUCUACAUAAAUCCUAAAUAUUCAUAGCAGAAGUGGAUGUGGCGAAAGCCAGAGAAGCAUAUAACCGCAGCACCUACAAAGGCAGUGCUGUUAGGGGUGGGUGGAUUUCUUUGUCGUGGAAAUGAAUGAAAUCAAAUGAGCUGGUCCCGUUCGUAGCCUGAGAAAGCAUUGCUGAAGAUGAAGUUAUUUACAUUGGUAGUUUACUGUUUGUGUCUCCGCUACAGGCGACAUCCUGCAGGCUAGUGACAACUUAUCACGCGUAAUAAAUUCCUAUAAAAGAAUUAUUGAGGGGCAAGUCGUCAAUGGUGAAGUGGAUAUUCCUGGGCUGCCUCCAACAGAUGGUGAGUCAUAUUUUUCAGGAGCAACACCGGCCCUUCUAUGAAAUAUCAUGUUUCCCAGCUUUUGUAUAAUCUUAAAAUUAUAUGUCACUUACAAUACGUAAGUACUUCCUAAUCCCUUGUUCUAAAUUGUUAAGUCUUUUUACAAAUAACUCUUCCUUUCUAGAUUGCUACUCACCAUAAUCAAAUCCCAAGGUGAAGAAUUUAGCAGAGACUUUUAGCCCCAGUUCAAUGGCUACACAAUUGUCUUUAACCAUUCUAGGAAAAGCCUCCCAAAAGGAUGCCGGUGUCUUCUUACAACUAUCUGAUCAUUCUAUUUUAGACAAGACAGGGCUAUCCUAGAGAAAUGGCAAUUCUAAGAUGAUUCAAUCUGCUUAUAUGAUACAUACAGUGUGCUUUGAAGCAGUGGGUGGGAGUGGAAUCAGGAUAUCUCAGCAUGGAUAUGUUUUGCUCCUUCAAGAUCCAUCUGUAUAGGGCCAGCUGCAAUGAAAGUGGUUUUUCAUAUAGGAGCUCCACAGGUCUACUUCCGAGAUUAACACUGACACAUAUACCCAGAAAUGAUUUAUGGGUAUAGAUAUGCAAAAGAAAAAGUGGGUGCAAAACUGGCACCAGAAAGGGCAACUAUUCAGAGGGGAGAGGGAGAACAUUUCAGCUUCCAAGGACGUUCUGUUCAUGAUUGUCAAGUGGCCUUUCUUGAAUAAAGGAUUCCGGAGUGAAACCAUUGACUUACAACAGGGGCAGGGAGUUGGAUCCUGACUUCCACCCUCUGCAGGCCAACUUUGACAGGUGGGCACGGUUGCCCAGCUGUCAGUCACCGGACAUCAUUAUGAUGCCAGCUGAUCAGCAGUUAACAGCAAGCCCCUUUGAAGUUCAUUUGCAGGCCUGUUUGGAUUCAAACUGUACCUGCAAACAGACAAAGCAAGGCUCAAGGUGAGCCACUUCAAAAACAUUCUGUCCGUGAAAGUGCACCUUCAAAGGGGCUCGCUGAAAGAGGGCCCCCCAGCUGCACUAAAUCCCCAUUGAAGAUUCAUGAAAUGCUAUCCUGAGUUAUAGGCGAGAGUAUAUGGGGGUUUUUUGGGGGGGUUGUCAACAGUGUGGUCAGAAGGAAAUUAAAUGCAGAAAGCUACAGGUGAUGCUAAGUUGGUGUUUAGUUGCUGGUAACAGACAUUGAUUAGCUGAGAGGUUCUAAGAGGGAGCAUCUUUGCAUUCCUGAUCAGGUUUCCAGGAAGACAAAGACUGAGAGUAAACGCUCACAUGGGAAUCUGAGCCAGGUAAAAGCUGCCUCCUUUCUAAUGGGGAUCAUUGUUUGGCUCCAGCUGAAAAAUAAGCCCCAUCUCUGAUGUCAGCAAUCUCUUAACCAGAAAAUUGCCAAGAGCCUCCCUAACUACUCUGAACUUACAUUACAAAAGGCCUGGCCAGUUCAGACCAGUCAGGCCAUUGUUUAGAAGGGCUUAAGUGGAGCAUAUAUAUUCAGAGACAUUGCAGGAGAAUAGCUCACCAUUUAGGGUUAACUGCAGGGGGUAAGAAUCCCAGGUGGCCCUGUUGAUCUACAUCAGAAUACAGGGGUUUAUCGCAGCAUUGUUAAUUAUCAAUCAAUAAUUUUCUUUAAGAUGAGAGAGAGAAGAAAUUGCCCGGGAAAUGGCCAAGUUCGUACUAUCAAUGCAAAGAGCUGAAUGCAGCCAAAAGUCUGUUUUGAACAUCUUAAUAAAAUUAGGGGAAGUCUGUUUCUUUUUUUACACAGAGAGGCAUACUUUAAUAAAGUCUGAGUGUGUACCUCCCCCUGCUUCCAUGUCCCCUUCCUUUGUUGUCUCUUUAGUGUCCUUUUUUAAAAAAAGAAAAAUAUUGUAACCCACUUUGGGUAGAGUCCUGAACUAACCAUCCAGGUGUCCUUUACCUACAUAAAGAACUCAUAAUACAUUCUGCCCUAGUACAGCAGUUUCUCAGAAAUGAAAGCUGGCCCCUUGGGUGAGAUGGCCACUCAACACUAUGAGGCUUCUAGCUUCUCCUCCCUCUGCCUCAAAAAUCCACUCUGGAGAGCAGGAAUCUGACAUCCCAUUGUACAAGUAGGUUUCUGUUAAGGAAGGAGUUGGACAUCAUUGAGUGUUGCCCAUUGUGUCUACUUGAACACUGUGUGAGGGUGCCGGUCAAGAAAUUUGGGCAAAAGUGGUCGCUUUUUAGGACCUGGGUAUCUUGAGGAUAAUGGUGUGCACACUCAUGGAAGCUUGAGGGACCGGCAGUUCAUGUUUGAAGGUUUACUACAGGAAGCAUAGCCUGGAGAAUUUGAAAACCGAUGCUAUUCUCAGCAGCAUCUAGGCAUUUGCACCACCACUGCCCUCCUUGAUUAGGAUAAUAUGUUAUAUUGUUUGUAUGCAUCCCAUGCCAUAUUUUAUGUUCUCUCCUCAUCACUGUAGGAAGUGAUUCUUCCGUUAACAUCAGUACACUCAUUGACUUGGCGGGACUGGACAUUUCUAGUACGCCUCCGCCACCACCGAUUCCCCCAACGACGUUGACACCAGCACCGACAUUAACUCCAGCUCCAGCCUCGUCAGAAAUCCCCAUCCUACCACCUCCCCCUCAGACCAUCGGUCACUCCCGGAGUCGUUCGUCGAGCCAGGCAGAAGCCACUUCUGCUCUCUUGACGAGCUCGGCCAAUUCCAUCUCUUUGCUUGAUGAGGAACUGCUAUGCUUAGGUAAGGCAGGUGUGGUUUGGGUGCACUGGCUGUGGAAGGUUUCUGGCUUCUCUUCAGAUCAUACAAAUCUUUCGCCUUUUCCUAAGGGCUUGGGUGGGAGGCACUGCUAAGUAGCUGCUGCACACAGGUUUGCCGGUAUUUUUGCUGAGUGUCUGUUGUUCAGAAAACGCCCCCCGCCACACCUCCCCAGAAAGAAAUAAAAAAAGUCUCUCCACUUGAAUUUACUGGACUGGGUUAUCACUGAGAGCUACAGAGAGUGGCGUGUCCAUAACAAAUUAUAAUAAAUUUUUAUUUAUACCCCGCCCUUCCCGGUUCAAAAACCGGGCUCAGGGCAGCUAACAACAAGUUUAAAAUACUUAAUUGUAAAAGCAACAUAAAAUACAGUAUAAAAACGUGAAUAACAAUAAAAUUCAAAGUUCAGAAAUCAAUUUAGAGGAAAUCCAUCUAAUAAACAUUAGAUAAUCACCAGAUUAUCUAACCUUACCUGUUCUGGAGAUACCACUGAACAGGAGGAAGAGCACCAUCUGAGAAGUUGCAGAAGUUGGACACCCCUCCAUCGUGCCUCACACCCAGCUCCUUACAGCUGCCAGCUGCUAUUGGUGAGGCCGCCAGAAGGGAUAGCAAGAACUUCCAGGCACCAUUUUGCCUAGAUUUAGCUCAGCUAUGUUCAGGAAGCAGAAUAUAAGCCUAAUUAUCUUUUGAAUGCUGCCUUGGGAGGGCUUUGCCUUGAAAGGAGGCAUGUUAAGUACCAAGCAGUGCUUUCCCCCCUAGAAAAAUAGGUGCCGGUCCUCACCAUGAAGUUUUUACAGUAAAUGCCACACUUUUUAACAACAAAAAGAGGUGCCAGUACUGUGUACCCUUGAGUAUCUCCUUAAAAAAAAUGCUGGUACUAUGAAUGGAUGGAUGGAUGGAUGGAUGAAUAUAGAAUGCAGAGCUUGCUUACCACUGGCUUGUUACAUAAUAAAUUCAAUCUUACAGUCAGAAUGGAGCAAAGUUCAGAAGUGACCAUAUGGAGGGUGGAUUUGCACUCAGGUGGAUCUUUCCCUUCUCAAUCCAUUGAAUAGUUAAAUGUCGGUUCAUCUGGGAUUAUUCCCUUAUUUACACGUUUUGCUUGCCCGUUCCUUUCGUUCCCUAAAAUGUUGUUUUGUGCUUAGGCCUGAAUGAUCCUGCUCCCACUGCAGCAAAAGAAGCUCCCGAGAGCAGCCAAUGGAACAUGUUCCAGGUACUUUGUGCUUUGUCAGUGUGAAUAAUUUUGCCCUCCCAAGACGUUAUCCUUUUUUGAAGGUCUGUGAGCCAGAGGAUUGGUAAUGCAUGUUAAUCUGUCCCGGGCUGAACAUUACUUUCAUUUUCUAGCUUGUAAUGUCAUGAGGGGCUGUACCAAUAAAGACCAGUCUGCCUUUCCCACUGGGAGAAAUCAGCUUCCCUCUUUCCCCCAACACACACCUUCAACAGCUUUUCUAAGACUGAAAUGAGGUGGUGCCUUUUGUGAUCUGUCCUGCUUCUGGCCUUAAGUUCUCACUCCCUUUUAGGGCAUGCCCCCCCCCGACUUUCAUUAUUAUGCUUGCAUUAUACCAGUUAUGCUAAUACCUUAUUGCCUUCACCAGCUACCAUUUCCCAAAAGCCUUUUGAUUUUUUACACGUCCACCACAGAUGGAGGAACGGCCCUUUUAUCUGCUUCCGUUUCCAGCAUUUACUUGACACCUUUUUAUACGUCUCGGCCACAUUUUUGUUGACUUUCUGAUUUUAAAUUGUUUUUUUAAAAAUUCUGAAUUAAGUGUCAUUUUGUGUCUGCUAAAUAGUAAAAUAAAACAAGUGAGAAUAAAAACGGGAGGAAAGUUAAACAUUUAUCAGUGUGUUGCAAAGCACCGUUUUUUACCUGUUUCCUCCGUUGCAGAAUGAACCAGUCGAUCUGGACUUCUUGAACCCAAAACCAGCUUCCGUUGCCUGUAACUCACCUCUUCUCCCUGCCCUGUCGCAGCCUGCGGGUAGAACGUCAGCCUCUCUUGCCUCCACAUUCACAGCCCCGCAGCCUGCCCCUACCUCAGCCCCUUUCAUAUUCUCUGCUGCGGCACCACUGGGACCGUCCAAUGCAAUGUCAGGUGCCCCUGGGUACCUGGGCUCUGCUAUGGGAAGUGGUGAUCUGCACAACAUGGAUCCCAUAGGACAUCUGGACGAGAGCAAAGGGUAAGGUUUUCUCCUCCUUUCUGCUUGGAAAUAAUUGCUGCUAUGAAUCAGAUUUUCCUCCCCUGCUCUUAGGUGGGACUUCAGUUUCCAUUGGUCCUGGCAAGCAUGGCCAAUGGUCAGGGAUGAUGGGACCUGUAAUCUUAACAUGGGAAGAGUUGCAGAUUCUCCGCCUUUGCCGUACAUCAAGGGCAGAUUGAAUGAAGGGAUGCUUCUGCCCCGGGGCAGAAGAUUUGGACACCUCUUCUACCUCGGGAGCAGGGAACUGUAUCUGGCCAAUUCCCCCACGCUCCAGGGCUGCCCACCUCUCGGUCACCUGAGAGCACAAUGACUUUGCCUUUCACCUGCUGUGUUUGAAAGAAGAAGAAGAAGAAGAAGAAGAGGAAGAAGAAGAGGAAGAAGAAGAAGAAUUAUUUAUUAUUUAUACCCCGCCCAUCUGGCUGAGUUUCCCCAGCCACUCUGGGCGGCUCCCAAUCAAAUGUUAAAAACAGUACUGCAUUAAAUAUUAAAAACUUCCGUAAACAGGGCUGCCUUCAGAUGACUUUUAAAGAUAGGAUAGCUGCUUAUUUCCUUCACAUCUGAAGGGAGGGUGUUCCACAUGUAGCCAUGCCAGCAAAGGCACAGUCCACAAACCGCAAAUGAUGAGCUGAUGGCUGGGUCUUGCAAGGCAAAGUGAGAGGCCCGAUAGCCAUGUGGGUAACUUUGCACAGGGCUUUGCUAUCGGUUGACUGGUGGGGCCAGCAAACACUUUUUGACUGAGCCAAGUACCUGCCCCACAUGGACAUCAUUUGUGGCAUCUCACUGCCAUGCUGCUGGAGAUUUUACUUAGAGGGAUUUUGGCAGGCAGGUACUCUGCCUCCCCAUGUUAAUGCAGAACGCAUUCAUUUCUUCAUUCAGCCCCAUCAAUCUGCAGGACACAGAACCAGGCAGUGGUGGGCAACACUGGCUUUUCAAAGGACAAUUGCUAUUUGUAGGAGGGAGCCGUUACAGAUGCUCACUCCCAAGUGCUUUAUACAGAGCGGGCGGGGGAUAGGUGCAGACUAGGUACCAGAGACAUUCAAUAUGUUUCUUUGCAUUCAUUUUCUUUUUUAACCUGCAUUUGUUUUCCGCUCCAUUCCAGACCUUCAGCUCAAGCAAACCUAGGUGCCUCUGUGUACCCUGGUGGAGUUGCAUUGCCCGCUGCUGCUGCUGCACCUCUUACAUCUGCUUCAGGGCUGCCCAUUGCAGCUCCAGGAGUCCCUCCACUUCCAUACCCAGGCAGCUGCCCUGUCGGGUCAGGAAGCCCCCUCUUCCAGCCAGCCUCCUUCCAGCAACAUGGAAGUCCUCUGAAAGGACCUGAGAUCUCCCUGGGCAACGUUCACGUGCCACUGGAGUCCAUUAAGCCAAGUAGGCAUCACAAAUAUUUUUUAUUGCUUACUGCUGAUACUGGAUUGCAUGUUUCAGUUCAUUUAGUUCAUGCCCUUUUAAAAUCUGGGAUUUUUUUGGGGGGGGUUAUUAGGGUCGUGUUUUUAUUUUGAUUAUAUUUUGUGGUUUUGUGGUUUGGUUUUAUACCUCCAGGUAUAAGGCGGAAUAUAAAUUCAAUCAAUAAAUCAAUCAAAGCCUCCUUAUUUUCAUAAUUUGGAGAGUUAGGAAUAUUUUUUUUACAAACCCAAGCUAUUAUCCUGAAGUCUUUUGGGGGUGUAGAGGGAGAGGGGUUUGGGAACUCUGCACAGCUGCAUUCCAUUCCCUAUUAGGCCCCCUCCUUCAAGGAGAAGCAUCAUGCUUUUAGUGUGACAACGAUCUUAUGGUUGAAAGGAAAAGCUUUGAAAACUGCUAGCCAGUAUUUGCUUCAAGCAGGGAUGGGGAGCCUGUGAGCCUCCAGCUGUGUUGGUCUCACCUAGUACAUCUUCACAUUUGCCUCAAGUUGCUUCCUAUCUUCUAGUGGUAUUAGUAGGAUGUGUGGGUUAGACUACAGUGCAAUAUCCCAGGUUUCCUGCCAGAAUACAAUCCAGGCUGGAACAAGGAUCACAUCUAAGGAAGGUGUAUAAUUAACCUUUCAAGGACACUGGUGUAUCUGGAGCAGACUUAUUUCUCUCUGGGGCAAAAUCUGCCCAAACAGAAAUAUAUGAAAGUCAAGAGGUUUUUGCACCUACUUUUAGGGACCAUCUCAUCAGCAUCCGCUUUAGAGAUGACGCUUUUGCUCAGAAUAGAGGCUUUGCAGAUUCUCUUAACGCAGCUCCCAGCAUUCCAAGCAUAACCCGGUGCCCUCCCAAGAUUUCACUUGCAUAGUUGUGUCAUGUAAGCACCUUCUCCCCCUUGCAGGCAGCGCUCUUCCUGUGACGGCUUAUGACAAGAACGGUUUGCGCAUCCUCCUGCAUUUUGCCAAGGAGUGCCCCCCCGGGCGGCCCGAUGUGUUGGUAGUGGUGGUUUCGAUGUUAAACACAGCACCCCUUCCUAUCAAGAACAUUGUGCUACAAGCAGCAGUGCCAAAGGUACCAAGAUGGCUGUUCUCAGGCACCAAUAGGGGAAGAGACCAGCAUCCUCUUGUUGCUGGAGGAGAGAUCAAGAGCUGCUCAUCCAGGCAAAUCCUGCUGGGUCAGGCGGUUGGGACCAGACUUACUUUCCAGCUGAUUCUAUCAAGAAGCAUAUUUUAUCUGCUGCAACAUUACAGGAUAGUUGUUGCAAGCUACUGUCUUAGGCCUCGGUCCUAAGCAUCUUUGGUUGGAAUAAAAUUCCACCGAAUCCAUGGGGCUUGCAUCCAUGUAAUGAGUUUAGAAUUAAGGUGUCAGUUAGUGUCUCCAUCCGGUUAAGUCCACUAGACAAAUAUUUGCUUUUAUGGUUUAGUCAGUGCUCAGUAAACACGCCCGCUUCCCUUAAUAUAUUUGUGUUCAGUGAUGCAACGUGACUGUUAUUUCUGCACAAACCACUGCUCUCGAUAAGAUUUUCUCCUUUGCUUUUUAAUCCGCAGUCCAUGAAAGUGAAGUUGCAGCCACCUUCGGGGACAGAGCUAGCUCCAUUCAAUCCCAUCCAGCCGCCAGCUGCGAUCACUCAGGUCAUGUUGCUGGCAAAUCCGAGGAAGGUGAGAAGACUUGCAUUCACAAUUUCUCCACCUUUUCUUAGAGAAGGGAUAUUGCCAUAUUCUACACAAUUAGACCAUUUAGAUCAAAUGUUCUGUUUCUGCUCAUGGUUGUCUUGAGCAGAGUUGAGAGUGAUCUUGCAGCAGACAGACCCCUUUGCUCUGAUAUCCAUGUUCCAAGGGAGUUAAAAUUUGAGUCCCAAGUGACAACAGGGAAUGGGGAAGCCUACAUACCCUUUGUGCUCUUCUGGUGAGCUACCAUAAUCAUCUGGCCAACUGCUGGUGGAAGAUAAAAGUGCUGUUUUCUAGAAUCUAGGAUGUUACUGAUCUGAAAGGAGGAAUUCAACAUCAUACUAAGGUUCCUCAGGCAAAGCAUUUCAGUCUGCCAGGCAGGCAGUUCUCCUCUUCCCCGUGUACUUUUCUGGGGGUUCCCCCCUUGCCAAUUUUGGGGAAUGUAGGGUGUGUGCAGGAGGGGGGGCAUGGUCCCAUUGCACAAGCAGAAGUCACUAUUCAUUUGUGACUCUCAAAGGGGGAAAGACUGGUGCACAUCUUACAUCUUCCUUGAAAUAGCUGUGUUGCACAGUCCAUAGUCUGAGAAUUAGAGCUACGGCUCUACUUGUAAGAUGGAGAGACACAUACAGUGGUACCUCGUCGAGUGUCCGUCUCGUCGAGCGCCCGUUCCAUCGAACGUCUGCGGCAAACCCAUAAGUAUCGGAACGGGUUACUUCUGGAUUCACUGCUCGCGCAUGCGCAGAAGCACUAAAUCGCACUAUGUGCAGAAGCGGCACUUUGUCUAGCGUCCUUUUCGGCUAGACAAAACAAGAUACUAAUGUAUCUCUCUCUACAAUUCUGUAUUAUACUGUUGUAUCAGCAGAUUUCUUUUCUGCCUACUGCCACACUUAGGGAAUAUGAAAGGAUGUCCCAUGCUUGCUUUUCUUCUGCCUAAUGCGUUUUUCAGCUUUACAACUUUGGACAGAACUGGAUAUAGGAUUUGUGCAUUGUUCUUUUUCCAGCAAUUCGUUGCCCCGGUUUGUAAAGUAUCAGACAAACUAUUGCUCAGCCCUGCUAGCGCUCAGAUAACGUCGUGGCACGCGCCAACCUUGUUCCAGGCUCCUCCGUCUUUCUACUGUGUAUUCUGGACUGCAGCUUUAUGUUGUUUCCUUCUUCCUUGCAGGAGAAGGUGAGGCUGAGGUACCGACUGACUUUCGCGUUAGGAGACCAGCCCAGCACAGAAGUGGGGGAGGUGGAUCAGUUCCCCCCAGUUGAGCAGUGGGGAAACCUAUGACCCAGAGGCACCCCAAAGGGACUGGAACGAAUGUGAAAUGGAAAGGGCGCAAGCGGUAUCCGGCAGCGAUAUUGAGCUUUGUUUAACAUGUCCUGUCCACUCCACUUGUAGCUUUGGUCCAGAAUGUUUCCUGCACUCUGGGGUGAAGCGGUCGGGGGCAUGAACACAGAGCAUGAACUUGUGUAGGCAGCCACAAGUAGAGGCCUGGAUGGUUUCUUUACUUUGGCCAAUCCGGUUCUAUCUUCCACUUUGCUAAACUUGAAAUCUGAUCAUUCUGGUGAGCUUCGUAAGCAGAAACGGAGCACUCUUCCCUCAGUGUUGGCCAGAUGUCUACAAAGGGCUAUGAUGCCUUCGUAAGUUUCUUUGGGGCAGAGCCCUAACAGAUGUUCCUGUGCUCGGUUUUUUGUUUUGUUUUUUACCUCCUUGGUGCCAGAACUUAGGACCACCUGCAGGCUUGCUGGGUAAUAAACACAAGCUCCACAAGGGGAGGUUUCUGCCAUGACCUGACACUCCCGUUUUCUUUUGUAAGGCAACAUCUACCCCAAAAGCCAGCACAGCUCAUACAGGUGAAUAAACAAGCUGUAUUAUUUUAUACAUGCCACACGUGAGCGUAAAAACACAUAGCUCUCAAUCUGCUGCCUUUGAUUUUAUACUUCCAGCUGACUCUGCAAUGUGCGCUUUCUAGGCAGCUGCUACAUUUUGGACGCACAUGGCUCUACAGUCGGUUUCCCCUCAGCAUUCAACAACUGUAUUCCAUUGGGGGGGGGGGUGUAAAAACUAUGACAGAGUCACAAAGGCACAGUUUGUCCACUGCUCCUGUGAGGAGCUUGGGGAGAAAGCGAGGGCAUCCACUCUUGGUGCAUCUGUCGAUCAGGGUUAAAGGUAGGAAAUGAUGCAGCUAAGACCUUGAUUCUUCUUUCAAGGGCAGUAUUAGUAGUUAGGAAUUAUACAAUGUACAUAGAGCUAUAGGAAAACACCAGACCUACAGAUAAGGGGAAACAGAAGCCAUGACAAUGCAUGUGCUGAAUUGAUUAUAUUGUAUUUUAUUCAUUCCAAAUAUUAAGUGGUUAAGUGCAAUUGUCUCCAGGAGGAGAUCCCUGUGUUGAGUCAGUCAGACUAAUAGUCCAACAUAUGGCACGUAAGCCAUAAAGUGAAUAUCACUGCUUUGGGUCUAGUAGUCACUUCCUCUGAUCUACUACAAUUAUUUUUGAUCUGAAAUAUCCUUUCAAAAAAACAGUUGUCCUGAACUAAUCAUUUUGCUUGGUUAUGAAGAAAAAAGGCUGUUUAGAAAAAAAUUUUAAACUCAAGUAGGCUAAGAAUUGCUAGGUGUAAUUUUAAGUACUUCUUGCCACUCUGAUCUGAAGGUGGAAAUCUGGCUUAAGCUGAAUUAAUUACGUUUCUUAAAAGCUCAGCCAGUCUUACAAACAGCCGUUCUAAUUUUCUGGACACCUUGUACUUAACAGGGAAGAGAUUUAACGGCGACCUGGAACAAUUGUCUCCUACAAAGGCUUGGGGUACUCACUGGGCUAAGGAUUUAUAGGCAGUGCAACCUAAUCUGUUGCAGCGUAAAGAGCUUCAGCAGUUAUUGGGAGGGUUCAGACUUGUGUACAGACUUGGAACUGUCCAGAAAGGGACAGACAUGGUCCAUAUGAACAAAAGGAGAGACUUGGGAGGAAAGUGUCCGCUAUGUUUUUGAGAACAGGGCGGCAUUUCUUCUGCCUCUUGAUCUGGUCCUCUCCCGUAUUUCAGUCUCUCUGCUGUCUCGUUUUUGCUUAGCAAGUCUGCCCAGCUCCCAUAGCAUAUCUAUAGAGAGCAGGUUUCACUGCUACAGCUUGCCUAUGAGCAAGUCACUCUCUCUCUCUCUCUCUGACUGAGGAAACCGGGGGGAGAGGGGAAGCACAAGUGCUUUCUCAAUGUCAGCAGUGCUGCCAUACCCAUGCUGUACAAGCCCAGUAGCAAGAUCCCGUCGUCUCACUGUGUGGAAAUGUACUGUUAGAAGCUUCAGAAGUUAUUUAUGAAUGUUACUUGUUCAUAGGCUGAAGUUGCAGCUUCCUACCAAACACGCAAAAGACUGUAAAUAUGUCUCGGAAGUACUUGUUUUUCUGCACGUUCAAUAAAAUUGCUUUCUCUACUCUGCUUCACCUGCCUUGCUGCCAGUUAAUACUGUAGGGUGUUCCCCCCACCCCCCACUCCUAACUCCUAGGACUCAACCGCAUAGUAUUGUUUCUCUUAAGAACAAUAGUCAGAAUAAAACCAGAUCCUUCUACAAAGCAGAAGCAUCCUGUGAUUAAAUAAUGCUCAGAGUUCAGGUUGGCUGCUACUUAGGAGAUGGGGGCUUGGAUGACAGUUGUGUGGUUUGUUUUAAAAGCUGAGCACAGCUUCAUUCAGUGGAAUGAGGGGAAAGCAAGGAUGCCGCAAAUUUUCUGUGCCUGCAAAUUAGAAUUACAAGCUGCUUCUUGGGUAAGAAAAGUUUUAAAUAAUUUUUGUUCCUCGAUUCUGCAUGAAUGGAGAUUUGGGUUGGUUUUAGAUUAUCAAAUGGACUAGAUCUAGAUGUUGAUUAUUAGGUUACUUACCUUAAGUAAUCUUAAGUUGUUGAAGUCUAGGAGAGCAGAAAGCUCAAUUUCCAUUAAAUUCACUGGAGAAAGGAAUUUGCUCUUCCACUGUUUUAUGUUACAAAAGGCAAUUUUAAAAAGAAAAGUGCAAAAGAUGACAUUUAUUCCUAGAAAAAACAGCCAUGAUAUGUACAGUAAGUAACUGACGCAAAGUUUGUGAGCCGCUCCAAUAAAGUGAUCUCAUGAUUCU